AUGAACAUGCUGCCAUUCUUGAUUCUUUUUGGGAGCUGGCUCCUUAGCCUUUUCGGCACCCACCGUUCACUGCAAGUCGUGUUUGUCAUGGCUAUCUUUCCUAUGGCAAUGAACAUGCUCCAGUUCUGGAUCGUCGACUCCAUGUUACUGUACAAGCCGAGCAGCACGGCUCCACCGUUGACCGGCCUGUAUGAGCCUGCGCGACAAACAGAACCUGAUGAUGUUCAUGUGACGAAUGUGUCGGUCGUCUAA